AUGGCCGACCGAAGCCGCCUUUUCCGGGAGGAAGCGAAGGUGAUGAAGUUGGGACUUCCCAGCGAGCCUUCGCCGAAGGCGAGGGAUCGACACGGCCGACGGGGAAGGCAGAAGCCUACACGCCGGCGACGAGCCGACGACGGAUGGCACGCGGCGCAAACCUUUGCGGCUUGCAACCAAGACAAGACGAGGAUGAAUGAAGCAGCAGCGGCUACAGAAAGCCCAAUAAGACCUACAGUCCGCCUCGACGCGCGCGUCACCCGAAGGAACGGCAACGAGGUGCUGUGGCAGCUACCGCCCCCGUCGUCCCCACUGCGAGCCGCGUUGUUCGCGGCGCCCGGGUGCACCAUCCGCGCCACCGACUUCUUCGACGCCUCCCCGGGCUGCCCGCGCUGCACGGGGCUCCCCGAGGAGCGCCGCUUCACCCGCGCCGCGCUCAGCCGCGGGUACGCCGUCCUCGCCGUCUCCAGCCGCGCCGAGUGCUGGUCCCUCGACGACGCCGGCGGCGGCGGCGGGGAGGAUGGCAGCGAGCUCGCGGCCGUCCAGUCCAUCAUCAAGUGGUGGACCACAGAGAAGUACCCUCAGCUCGCGGGCCUUCCGCUCGUCGGCAUCGGCGCGUCCUCGGGCGGGUACUUCCUCUCCGCGCUCGCGGCCAGGGUUAAGUUCAGCAGCGUCGCCGUCAUGAUCGCGGAGGGCGUGUACGGGGCCAUGGCCGAGAUCCCCACCGGGUAUCCGCCGGCGCUGUUCGUGCACAUGCCCAAGGACACCGAGAGGGCGCAGUUGGUUGCGGACAGCAUGGACAAGCUCAGGGAGAAGCACGUCGACGUGCGGGAGAUCCGGUGCGGUGACUUCGCCGUGAGCGCGGAGUUCCUGGCGGGGAGGGUGCCGGGGCUGAGCCGGGCCUUCGCCGACGCGCUGGUGGACGUGCUUCGCCGGAAGGGAUUCGUGGAUGAGAAGGGGUUCCUGAAGAAGGACGGGAGGAGAACACUGUGGAAGGAGGCGGCUGAGGAGGCUAAGGUGCUGCCUGAGGGGUUCGGUCUGGAGAGGCAUGUCACCGAGGAGCUUAAUGUUGCCUAUGCGUACCAUGAGUUCACCAGCCUGAAGAAUACUGAAAUCUUCCAAUGGUUUGAGUCCCAUAUGAAUCAUUAG